GUCAUUACCGUUCUUCGGUUAUAUGACCGAAACACUUAAUACUUAGUUGCAUUUCUAAGAUCAACAAUUACGUUGUUACGUACGACGAGCUAUUGUAUUACAAGUGUGACGAGUCCUGAAUUUCUAUAGAACAAUGCCUGGAAAUAAAGCGAACGGAGUCAAUGGAACUACGCGUAAAAUGGCAACCCUGGAGCAGUUAUUUCAGCCAGUCCAGCCGAGGAUUGAUGAUAACGGCAACAAGGUCACUGUUGUCGGUACGGGACAGGUCGGAAUGGCCGCUGUUUUUUCUAUGUUAACACAGGGUGUAACAAAUAACAUCGCAUUGGUCGACGUCAUGGAAGACAAGUUGAAGGGUGAAAUGAUGGAUCUUCAGCACGGCUCGGCCUUUAUGAAGAAUGCAAGGAUCCAGGCCAGCACUGAUUAUGCAAUUUCAGCCGGCUCGAAGAUUUGUGUAGUGACGGCUGGAGUACGGCAACGCGAGGGUGAGUCGCGAUUGGACCUAGUGCAGAGGAACACUGACGUUCUCAAGAUAAUCAUUCCUCAGCUCGUCAAAUACAGUCCAGAUGCGGUAUUCAUAAUUGCCAGUAAUCCGGUCGACAUUCUCACGUACGUGACCUGGAAGAUCAGCGGGUUACCCAAACACCGCGUUAUCGGGUCUGGCACGAAUCUGGACUCGGCCAGAUUCCGCUAUCUCCUGUCAGAGAAGUUAUCCGUGGCCGCUACAUCUUGCCAUGGAUACAUUAUCGGUGAACACGGAGACAGCAGUGUGCCGGUAUGGUCAGGCGUGAACGUAGCCGGUGUGCGUCUGAGCGAUUUGAACGUCAACAUCGGAACCGAUGGGGAUCCGGAGAACUGGCAGGAACUUCACGAGAUGGUGGUGAAGAGUGCUUACGAAGUGAUCAAGCUGAAAGGGUACACGUCCUGGGCUAUCGGACUUUCUCUGUCGCAGCUUGCACGAGCCAUCUUGUCGAAUGCUAAUAGUGUUCACGCUGUGUCUACUUAUCUCAAGGGUGAGCACGGAAUUGAAGAGGACGUAUUCCUAUCUCUUCCAUGUGUACUGGGAAGCAAUGGAGUCUAUGACGUGAUUCGUCAACCCCUAACCGAUAAGGAACUAGGGCAGCUCCGCAAAUCAGCACUAUUGAUGGCACAAGUACAGGCUGGAAUUAAAUUUUAAUUUUUAUAGCACCUAUAAAAAUAAUAGCCGAAAAAUUUGGAAUUUUUAUUAACAACCGGGACUUAAUCGGGAAAUAAUGUCCCGGCUGGACUAUUUAAAUUGUUUAACCAAAAAUUAUACUUAAUUUAGCCGAAGUCUUGUAAAUCCCAAACAUCAUUUAACCAUUUUUUAACUCUUGGCGUAAAGAAAUUGAAAAAAAAAGUAUAAUAAUAAUAUAAAAAAAUAACUUACUAUCUUACUAAAAGUAACUUAAAAAUACACUAUAGGUACUUCAAAAAUUGAUGUACACGUAGUUAUUAGUAGUUGAAUAAUUUAUUACAAGCUGUUUGUUAAAUCGAUGUAUCAAAUUAAUUUUUAAUUAGCCUUUAUUAUGCACAUAUAUUUAUAAGCUCGCUAGCACAAACCGUCCUAACAAAUAUUAUCGAAAUAAAGAACAAUUUGACACAUGACAAAAAUGUUUAAGUAUUUAAUUAACCGUUUAAAUUCAACACGGUUAAUCGAUAAAAGUUGUUUUUUUUUUCAUUCAAAGCAUCCGAAUAUCAUAAUAAUAUCAUAGCAAUAUGAUUGGUAAAGCAAAGCUUUACUGAUCAACGGUUUCUAAAACUAUUGAUAUUUUUUUGACAUUUGUAAUUUGAAAUUCGAAUUAAAAAGACAAAACAUUGCUUACUUAAAAACCGCAAAACUUUUAUUUUUAAGGAUAAUAUUGCGAGUAAUGUAUUAUCACUUUCGGACGUUAUUUAAUUAUUAUAUUUUAUAUUUAAGUAUUAAUGACUGUUAAAUAAUAAGCCACGAUUGCAUAUAAGACCGAAAUAUAACACGAUUGAUGUAAAUUGUUCUCAGAAUUGAGCAAACGUUACUAUGACAGCAACAAUAGCGAAAUAUGUAUAAGGACGACAUAUGUACAUAUUUCGCUGCUGUUCAGCAAUGCAAAAGGUCGUAUGUGAAAAUUAUCUACUUGAAAAAAGAACUUAUUUACUCUACAGUUUCUAUGGUAUCAAACGAACAAUCUGGAAUUGAAUACGUUAAAUUUAUAAGAAAAAUGUCUGUUACAUACGACCUUUAGACGUCGCAAUUUGUGAUCAUUAUACUUACAAGUCUCUAGAUUCUUAUUCUAAGGUCAGCCAUAGAUCGAUGAAAUUCAAAUAAUGUCAAACACACCCGUGACGCUUACGAGAAUUUAUUAAUAAAAAAUCAUGACAUUUUCUUGUGCCGAAUUUGUACCUUAGCAUUUUAUAGUUAUAUUAUUCUAAUUUAUUUUAAUAAAAUAAAAUUUAUAUUAAUUAUUUAUUAAGUAUUUUUCUAUGGCAAUUCUAGAAUAUUCGAGUUGUGCAUCGCUACGCUAAUAUUGCAUUUAUUGUAUGGUAUUACUGAGAAAGAAAAUUAAAAUUGUCGUAUAUAUUUAAUUGAUAAUAUAUUUUUUAAUUAUAUUACAAUUUUUAUAUUACAGAAAAUUUAAUGUGUGUUUUAUUAAUCUGUAUUGUUUCAACUUGUGUAAUUUUAUACGUCUAUUGAUGCUGUGGACUUUGUAUCAAAUUUAUUUAUAUUAAAUGUUUC